CUGAUAAGAGGACUGAUAAUAAAUGUUUGAACGACAUUUGAACCAAAGCGACUGUUUGCAUGUAUGCGUUCCAUCGAUUGACGUUUUAAAGAAACUGCACAUGUACGUGAAGCAUGUGUAUUGUGUAUGUAGUGAUUACGGCGUUCCACACUCCACACUGUUCUCAUUAAUGUUUGACAUGGGGUACAACAGAGGGUUGAAAUUCGGCACUGCCGUAACUCUACUGACGGUUUUAGUUGCAGUUUAUUAUAGAAAUACCGAGAACGUUCUACAGAAACGUCUGUUAACUUUGAUUCAUGGAUUGGAGAGACUGGAGAACAAACACGUGAUCACCUCGAAGCCAAAAGUUGCGAUAGGUUAUGGUGUGUGUACUGACGUUUUCGUGUACGCCGACCAGCUGCUGAAAUUCACCGAGGAAGUCGGUCAACCGGAACAUUUCGACGAAAUUAUCACGGAAUUGGAGCUUUUGAAGAGUUUCGCUUAUUAUUUUCGACAUGGAGCCGCCACAGAGCGAUUCAUGGCGAAUCGAACGUUAUUCGACGAGCUUGUUGCCAAAGCUCGCUCGUUCCCAUCCUCUUAUUCCACUAUCGGCGGAAAUGCCGCACUUAUGGCACUACGAUUCGCUAAGGAAGGCUGCGACGUGACACUGGCUGCUAAAUUAACUAAGUCUUUACACCAGAUGAUGCCGCAGAUCAUUAACAUCGUCGGAGGAGAAGUGAAACGGGAUGAUAUUCACUUGAUUAUAGAGUAUAAACGUGGAGAUGUUUGGGGUCCCUAUUCUAGUGCUAGAGCGAACAGAUACAUAGUUCACAAUGAUAUCAACAAUCCAAUGAUAAGCUCCAUCGAUGCAUUCGAUGAAGCCUUAUCUGAAUCUGAGCCUAAUUUGCUUGUUGUCAGUGGCCUACAGAUGAUGGACAGCUAUCCUUAUCCGGAUGGUGAACAGCAGAGACUCCUGCUUAAGGUGAAAAAGCAAAUGAUGCAGCGAUUGCCGACCACAAAAAUUCAUUUUGAAAUGGCUUCGUUUGUGGACGCUGAAUUGCUGUUUGAGUUAUGCGAUUCAGUUAUUCCCUACGCGGAUAGCUUAGGCAUGAACGAGCAAGAAAUCGUCAAUCUGCAUAAUGCCGUGUAUUACAGGAAUAUUUCUUUGGUAGCGAAUUCGACGCCGCGUAUCGCAUCAGUUCUGGAUCAAAUGCGAACAUUGUUCAAAGUGAUCCGCAUGAAGAGCAAAUCGAUUCCCAAUUCGCGAGAACUCACGCGAAUUCAUGUACAUACUUUAGCGUAUCAAGCUAUAUUCACUGUAAAAGGAUCAAUCUGGAAAAACACUAUGGCUGCGGCAGCCAAAGCAUCCUUGACCGCUCACAGACACGUUUGCGCGACGAGUAAUGUGGAUGUGAAGAAAGUAGCUUUGAUGUUGGACGAUAGCUUUUCGACUUCCAUCACCGACGGCACUCGGAUAGCACUGGAUAUCAACAAACCAGUCUCGUGUUGGGACGAGGUGUUGAAAACAGGAACCGAAGACACUGCCAUUCAAGUGUGCGUCGCGCCUGUUUUAGUUUGUACCGAAGCUGUUCAAACUGCCGGUGGCGGUGAUAAUGUUUCGAGCGCAGGUCUAAUAUUGCAAAUCUAAGCCUCACAUUGUUUGCAAAUAAUUGGAUAACAUCGAAAUGUCUUUAUCCGUAUCGUUCUGCUUCGGCACUCGGAUAGCGAAAUUAGGUUCAUCGCACCUACGCUUCGGAUGAUUAGAUUACCGUUCAUUCCACGAGAUAUCAUUCCAAAGGAUACAAGAUGUUCAACCUUUUCACUCCGCAAGUGAAUAUUUUUUUUAGAAUUUUCUGAAGAAUGAAAUGUUUUGAUAUCGCACUCUUCUAUCUGAGUACAUUGAAAAACUAGCAGGCUUAAAUGUAGGCGCUAAUGGUUUUUUAACCGAUUGACAUAUUUAUUGUUACGUGUGAGUGAUGAAUUACGACUUUAAAGUAAACUAAAAGUUAAUGAAAUGUUUUACAAUUAACCGUUCUAGCGUUUCAUACAUGACAAGGGCGGUGAUCGUGAUCGUGUACGACACUGAAUAAUACUUUUAAAAAAAGUAGCGACACAAUGAAUGAAAAUGUAAAUGGAACUUGAUAAAAGUGUUCAAAAAAUGAA